CAACACAACACACAAGGGAAGAGUCUCCCGACCGGAAAUCGCACAUGAGCUGCUGCUGCAAUUCUCUCUGUUCAUAUGCUGAUGCUACACAGCUUAUGAAAACCAACAUGACUAGAUUUAAAAAAAAUUUAGUUCGUCAUAAGAUUUACUAAACAUGUCGGGUCUCGAUUUAACACCACUUACUCGUGGAAAUGAACAAAAGGGCCAGGGACAGCAGCAGAGUGAACUUACAUUAACAACAAAAACAAAUGGCAUUGCUGGGAGGAGUCGUGGUUCGAAGAAUCUCUCACAUAAAGCGAAGGCAGAGGACGGGGAAGCUAAACGAAGUUAUCGAGAACUUACGAGCACUCUUCUUUCAGAACCAGAUGAAUUUAUGGCUGCUUCAAUUGGGGACACAUCGUGGCUAAAACAGUCGUUGAGAGACGGACGAGAUCCAAAUAGUUUUGAUAGAAAUGGUUUGGCACCAGUUCACUUAGCUGCGUUACAUGGCAGACUGAAUUGUCUGCGGAUUUUGAUAGAAAAAUAUGAAGUUGAUGUGAACCUAUCAAGCAGCACUGGUUGGAGACCCAUCCACCUAACCAUCAAUAAUAGGAUUGGCAAGCGGUCAACACAAUGUCUUCAAUACUUACUGGAAAUGGGUGCUGAUCCAUCUGUCAUGAAUGAAGAUAGCUUGACUCCUGCUCACCAGGCCUCCAUAGAGGGAAGUGUUAAGUGUCUCAAUUUGGUGAUCAAUGCUGGGGGUCGUACAGACAUCAAAGAUUCUAAAGGUCAUACUCCGCUGGACUAUGCUAAAAUAUGGGGUCAUAGGAAGUGUGCAAGAAUAAUUUCAUCAAAAAACUGGAAGCAGGAAAAAGAGGAAGAUGUUCUUGAAAUGGAAAAACUUCAAGCAUUGAAAAAACUUAAAGAAAAGGAAGAUCUUCAUCGAGAAGAUGGGAGAAUGGCAAAUAAAGAAUUCUAUGGCCAACUGUCCUUUACAAAUUGGCUAGACAGUAAACAUCUUCCACCAAAAGGCACAGGACCAUCUAAAAGGGACCGUAACCCAGUUCCAUGGUCGAAGCAACCAAGAAAAUACAUUGAUAUUUGUGGCGAGUGGGUGACAAAGGAUCAAAGAGGACUUGCAAAUCCAAAUAGCAUUCGAAAGAAUGAGAACCAGCCUCAAUUGAUAAACCUUCUCAGCAAACUCGAUCAAAAAUUUGGAACAGACAAGAAAUCCAGCAAGACAACAGAUAGAAAGUCCAAUGGGCGUGGUCUAAAAGAUGGAACACCACAAAAAACUGCCAUUCCUCCAGAAUCUGCAUUCGACUGCGAGGAGGAAUCUCCCAACUUACCAGACGAGAUCAUUGAGAGAGUCCUUUUUGACAAACCAUCAGUACACACAAGACCCCUCACUUUCAAGUGCCACAACAUCAUUGAUGAACAGCACAAGAAAAUUUGGUCAGAGGAUGAUAAACCACUGGUGGAAAUGUAUGCUCAUCUCUCAAACUCACUGGAUUCAUACAUGUUUCCAAAAAAAGAAGUCAGUCCAUCGAGCAGAGAAUCAUUGAAUUUAGAAGCAAAUAUCGAAAAAAAAUCUAGAAACAUUUAUGAAUCAAUGAAGCAAAUCGCAAAACCCUAUAGGUUUCCUAAUAUUACUGGAGAAGAAUACAAAUAUCGUUUUGAGAUACUUUAAUCAAAUAGAUAUUUAAAAUGCUAUUCACUAUUCAGAGAUAGUGAAAUGAGACUUACUGUAAAUCUUUGCCUUAUUACUGUAUGCGAUUGAUAUAGUUUUCCAGUUGGUGCUGAAUGUGGCCAUUGAAAGAAAGUUUUUGGGGAGUAUGAUCGUGUGAGUGUUAUAAAGAUAUCAAAGAUGUAGUUUUGGUAAGUAGGCAUGUUUUCAUUGAGGGAUGAGAUCUUUGAGAGCUGAUGAUUGAGUGCAUACUGUAAAUAUAAUGAUCUUACAACCCAAAUUAGUUGUCUACACCAAAUUUAAUUACAAAGGCCCUUGUAUUGCUAAAUGUUGUGAUAUAAAUGAUAAUGCACACAGAUUAUGUAAUUUAUUUAUUUUUUUUAAUAAAUGAAAUACAGAAAUUGUUUAUAAGAAAUCUGAUUUUUAAUCUUGUUUUUAAAAUUAACAUCACAAAUUAUAGUUUUAAAGAACACCUGCCUUGACAACCCAUAAAAAAUUUAAAAAAAGAUUAAACAAGCAAUUAAUAUUAGAUGUUUAUUUUUUAAGAUAAUAUGUACAGUACAGUAAUCCAAAUAUGCCCUGUAAUACAACAAAAACUUUCUUUCGAAUUCAAACUAUUGAGAAAACUACUUCCUAAUUCUAAAAUUUAAAAAAAAACAUGUUCAUUAUGUGAUGGUUUUUUUUAUCAUGUAUGUGGCCCAAAUUAGGUAGAGUAUUUGAUUUAUGAACUGAAGCCACGCUUUCCGAACUACAGGUCACAACACAUAAGUGGGUCGCCAACUUUUGCGUUGGGUCGUGAGCAGGUUUGAAGAAUUUUUAAAAACCAGAUUGUUAAUUCAUUUGUAAUAAUUUACACAGUUGAUUUAAAGUCUUUAACAGAUCUGGCAUCUUGAAAACAGUAUUUUAGGUAAACCCUUAUUGGAACAAUAUUUUAUUA